AUGACAGCGGUGGACAGGAUCUGGGGGAUUUGGCAAGACUUCUUACUCACGGGUAUGAAGCCCGAUGUGGUCCUUUACACUGCUUUGAUGGAUGCGUUGCUCAAUGCCAAGGACUUUGAACGCGCGGAUCAAAUAUGGAAUCACAUGCAUCAAGUUCAUCAGAAAAACCAAGACCAUGAACACCAUCCUAACUAUAAUGCAGACCGUCUUAAGCCCAUCCCACAACGACAGCAACAAAAUCACCAAGAAAAGUGUCCUAAUGUUGUCACUCCCAAUACGCAGACACUCUCUGUUCUGAUGCAGGCCCAUGUCCUUAAGCGUGAUCCUGAAGGAGUUGCACAGAUCUAUAAGGAAAUCAUUCGAUCAUCGACUGCUGCAACAGCAAGCACGGAUAUGGAUGCAAUCAUAGCCUCAAAGGAUCCUUUGUCAGCCCAAAGGGAUGAUGAAUGUCAACAACAUCACCUUUCGAGACAAACGUUGCCAGCAGAAGGCCUGGCCCGUCAUACCAAUACCGUACUGUUGAAUCAGAUCUUGAAAGUCCUUGUGGACUAUGGAGAAGCCAGUGCUGCCAAGGAGAUCUAUGCAGAGAUGAGGCUAAGCCCUAGCGGCAGUCAUAGCCCUAGUGCACAGCGUGUCAGCAUUACCGACAACAAUUAUAGCGAUGAGAGUGGCGCCGAUAACAAUGACAAUGGUAAAUAUACCCAUACAACACAAAAUCCAUCGUCAGUCCCAUCAGCAUCAGCUCUCCCAUUUUUCAGACCAGCACUUCCUCUACAUCACCAGACUUUUAUGCGCCGAUCGAACUGGAUACAUCAAAUUCAUCGCCAAUCCGGAAUUCGGCCUGACAAGGCUACUCACAACUUGAUGCUUCAAUUGGCGAGACGAACAGGGGAUCAUGAACUCGAAAAAGUUGUUUUGCAGAAUAUGCAAUCCUCAGAAUAG